AGGCAUUAUUACAGACUGCUAAGUACGGUGCUAUCAAAAGGACCCAAACAACAUGUACCGGAAAUUUUGAGAGAAUGAAGUAAACAUUGGAGUUAACGCUCAAAUUAUCUGACUUCCUGCUAUUUCAGACUCCUCAGAGUGGAUAAAAUGAAUAACAUGUCACCUGAGGUUGCACUGCACCGCAUCUCACCUGAAUUGCGGCCCUUGCUGUGUAGCGUGGUGAGGAACGGCCGUGUGGGACUGGACUCCACAAACUGUCUCCGUGUCACAGACCUCAAAACUGGAUGUACUACUCUGACUCCUGGUCCUUGCUGUGAUCGCUUCAAACUUCACAUCCCCUAUGCUGGAGAAACCCUGAAAUGGGAUAUCAUAUUCAAUGCACAGUAUCCAGAAUUGCCUCCAGAUUUUAUUUUUGGAGAAGAUGCUGAGUUUCUCCCUGAACCCUCAGAACUACCGCACUUGGUCCAGUGGGACGCAGGGAACCCUGAAUGUUUGCUCCAGCUGGUGAAGGAACUUAUCCAGCAGUACCACCACUACCAAUGCCAGCGUCUGCGUGAGAGCUCCAGGCUCCUAUUUGAGUAUGACAGCCUGCUGGAGGAUCCCAACUACGGCCACAACAUGGAGAUUUAUGCCGGACGCAAGAACAGUUGGACUGGAGAGUUUUCAGCCCGUUUCCUUCUUAAACUCCCUGUGGACUUCAGCAACAUCCCCGUUUAUCUCCUUAAGGACACGGCUCUGGACCCUGGAGAGGAUGUGGCGCUUCUCUCAGUGAGCUUUGAGGAUGCCGAGGCCACCCAAGUAUUUCCUAAACUCUACCUUUCCCCCAGCAUUGAACAUGCUCUGGGAGGCUCCUCAGCACUUCAUAUCCCAGCAUUCCCCAGUGGAGGAUGCCUAAUUGACUAUGUCCCUCAAGUGUGCCAGUUACUCACCAACAAGGUGCAGUAUGUCAUCCAAGGCUAUCACAAGAGGAGAGAGUACAUCGCCGCCUUCCUCAGCCACUUUGGAAUGGGGGUGGUGGAGUAUGAUGCCGAGGGAUUCACAAAACUCACCCUUCUACUCAUGUGGAAAGACUUUUGCUUUCUAGUGCACGUGGAUCUUCCGCUGUACUUCCCCAGGGACCAGCCCACCCUCACCUUCCAGUCUGUGUACCACUUCACCAACAGCGGUCAGCUCUAUUCUCAGGUGCAGAAGUCAUAUCCCUAUAGCCCGCGCUGGGACGGCAACGAGAUGGCCAAGAGGGCAAAGGCAUACUUCAAGAGCUUCAUCCCUCAAUUCCAAGAGGGAGCCUUUGCCAACGGGAAACUCUAGUGCUCUCUAGCUUCCUUGCCUGGAGAGCUGCCUGUGGUAGUGUGUAUGUGAGGGUGUGUUUGUGCAUGCUACUGUGUACCUUUUAGAUGAGUAUGCACAGACUUACAGUACAGUGCAUCUCACAAAUGAACAGUACGGUGAGAAUGACAGUGUGCGUAUUCGUACACAGACUGUGAAUUCCACAUUGAUUGCCUUGAAGUUGUUGCCUCUUAGUCAGUACUUUCACCUCUUAUUAUACUUGCAGAGAGAAGCCACUUUGCUGAAGAGGUUUAGUUGCCCAGGCACUGCAACAUGCUAUAGCUAAAAACUUGCUGUAACGAUGACUGAUUAUCAGUAUUGCUAGCACAGUAAUUGGCCUUUAUUUUGAAAAGAAACUCCAUACUCUGUCAGGAAAUUAAUUUGACAUCCUGUACUGUACAAUCUGUCUGUCCAAACUUACAGUCAAUAGUCUUGUUUCAUUGUGUUGUGCCCAUGACGCUUGGCUUCAAGCAGUCAAAACACAAAUUUUCAGGCUCACAACACUCCAUCCAGAGGUUCCGUGCUGUGAACAGAUACACCGAUCAGCCACAACAUUAAAAAAUGGUGUAUUUGUUGAUAUGUAAAACAUAUGUAAACUACUAACUACACAAAGAGCUGUAGGGAGGAUGUAAAAUACAUUUUUUUUACUGUUUGUUUGCCUUUGUUAUUCACAUGAUUGUCAAGUUUGGCUCACUGUAGAUGUUUAAAUGGUCUCCAACUUGCCUUUUGAUUGUUAAAAUUCUGUAUGUUUUCUUUGACUGUUUGAAGCCUUGUCAAGUCUUUUACUGACAAGUGGACAGUACUGUAAGAUAAUAUGUUUUGUCAAAAUAAAGUAAAGAAGUGU